CGUAACGUUUCACGAUGGUGGGGCCGCGACUAGAAGUACUUCUUCGACCAGUAUCGCGAGCAUGGGCACCACGUCAUACCCCUCUUCAGCCAGUCUUGCGAGCAUAGGCUCUUCUGGCAGUAUUGCUAGCAUGGCCCCUUGUUCGAGUACGAGUGCUAUUGCCACCUGCGUCGAGUCGUCCUCUUCAUCUUCUUCAUGCGCCAAAAAAGCGGGAACAAUGACGGAUCGUCGCCAUAGGGAUGACGUAAACCGGAUGGGAUUCUUACCAAUGACGGGAGAUGACCGCGCUUCAUCUUCUAGCCGUAAAACUUGUUCGCUUUGGCUCGACGAACUGCGAGAAAUCGAACAAAUACACCCGUGUUGCUGUAUAAAAGGCGACUCAAGAAAAGUAGAAUCUUUAUCAUUUGAUAUUCCUGAAACUCGUCCUCUUCCAUUCCAGCAUCCUCUGGUCCCUAGUAUAUCCGCGCACUGGAGGAGCAAAGGCAAAGGCAGCAGUGCCGUACAAGGGACAGGGGGACUUGAUGUUUAUCACGAAAAAACAUCAGAAAAAUCCUCUUCGUCUCCAACAUACCUACGAAAACGGCGAAAGGCAUCCUACGAUCAUGAGGAUCAAGAGGAAUUUUUUCCGAUUAGAGAGGAGCAUACGUCACCGAGCCGCGGAAAUGUUGAUCAAGACCGUACUAAGGAGAGAGAGCGGGAGCAAGGCACUCAUAUCCAGCAUGAAGAUGGAACUCUCUUUCGUGGACGAGGUGGAGACCAAUAUCUAGGAGCUUCUCUAGCUUCUCUACACGACGACAUCAACCUCCAAAAGAAUUCUCCACAGCACUCAUUCGUGCAGUCCCGGAACGCCCUUCAAUUUAGCUGCUCGAUUUCCAUUUUUUGCAGUAUCAAGAUCGAAGACCCGACGGGACGGCAGAAACAGUUUCACAACGCAGCGAAAGUUACCACGUUUUUGGCGAGAAGCCUGUCGCAUGCAGUCGACACUUCUACUAUGCGGCUUUGCGAAGGGUUAGAAUGCUGCUUGAGCUGCGGACCGGCCUCUAAGUGUUGCGAUAGUGUAGCUGGAGGUGAAGAGAAUGCCAACGACUUCCACAGUGACCACACUCCUGAGCAGAUGAAUGUUCAGUACCCACUCCCAGCCAGCUCGCCUGGAGCAUCAGAGGCUGGAACGAUGCGUGAUUCACCAGUACCCUUCCCCGGCAAGAACGGAGAGCACUUUUUCGACGACGCUGCAGAUGACGGCAGCGUUCGGGAGUGGCAGUCGUCAGGGUCCUUAUGCGACGACGCACUCGCAGUCUUUGAGCAUAUGUGUUGUCCCUCAACUAGGGAUUGGCAAUACCACACCUUACAACGAAAGCCUUUUGCUGGAGACGUGCUAAGACUGA